AUGUCUCUCCGUUUAACAAAUAAAGUCAAAUGCCUUUCCAGCAAGUUCCAUAGCAGUGCAUUUGCAAGACAAAACUACUUUGAUACAUUCAAAUUCGUAGAAAGACUGGAGAAAGAGGGGUUUUCUAGACAACAAAGCGAAGCCAUCAUGAGCUCGCUACAAAGGGUGAUAUCAGAAAGCAUGAUGGAUUUGAACAAGAUGAUGGUGUCCAAAGCAGAAAGAGAGAAGGCCAUUUAUGCAUACAAGGUUGAUUUUGCCAAACUCAAGUCUGAGGUGCAAUUGAUUGAAAGAAACGACUUCACCAUGAUGAAGGCAGAAAACGAUAGGCUGGAGAGCGAACUAGAAAAACUGAAGCAGAGACUAAGAGAAGAGGUGACAAGAACACAAGCCAAUGUACGCUUGGAUCUGAAUCUGGAGAAGGGAAGAGUGCGAGACGAAGCCAGUGCACAGGAGAUCAAAAUCAAGGAAACUGACACUCGCAUUGAAAGCGAAAUAUCCGGUUUACGAACUCAAAUGGAAGCCAUCAAAUUUCAAAUCAUGCAAUACAUGAUAGGUACGAUGACUGGUGCUGGUGCCUUAUUCUUGGCUUAUCUUAGAAUGUUCAAAUAA